GCAAUGGCGCGAUCACAGGCAACCUCUGCCCCCUGGGUUCAAGCAAUUCUGCUUCAGCCUCCUGAGUAACUGGGAUUACAGACACGCGCCACCACGCCUGGCUAAUUUUUGUAAUUUUAGUAGAGACGGGGUUUCGUCAUGUUGGCAAGGCUGGUCUCAAACUCCUGACCUCAGGUGAUCCGCCCGCCUCAGCCUCCCAAAGUGCUUGGGAUUACUGGCGGGAGCCACCGCGCCCGGCCAAGGCGGCCUUCUUAAGAAGCGCGCCUAAAACCCCAACUUCCCGCUCUGGCGCUGCGGCCGCUGGGGAUCUGAGUGGGCUCCGCCUCGCCUCGGCCCCGCCCCUCCCGGCCUCCCCGCCGCAAUCUUGGCGGGAAGGCGCCGGCCGCUAAGAAGCCGAAAGAUGUCCAGGUCGGGCGCGGCGGCUGAGAAGGCGGACUCCAGACAGCGACCCCAGAUGAAGGUAAAUGAAUAUAAAGAAAAUCAAAACAUCGCUUAUGUGUCUCUGAGACCAGUACAGACUACAGUUUUAAUAAAAACAGCUAAGGUCUAUCUUGCCCCCUUUUCACUCAGUAAUUACCAGCUAGACCAGCUUACGUGCCCCAAAUCCCUAUCAGAAGAGAAUUCUAACAAUGAAGUGGCAUGUAAGAAGACUAAAAUAAAGAAAACUUGCAGAAGGAUUAUACCUCCAAAGAUGAAAAACACAUCUUCCAAGGCAGAAUCCACGCUGCAAAAUUCAUCCUCAGCUGUUCAUACUGAAAGUAACAAGUUACAACCCAAGAGAACGGCAGAUGCGAUGAAUCUCAGUGUUGAUGUGGAAAGUAGUCAGGAUGGAGACAGUGAUGAAGAUACCACACCAGGCCUGGAUGAUUUUUCAGGAUUGUCACCCUACGAAAGGAAGAGACUGAAGAACAUAUCAGAAAACGCAGACUUUUUUGCUUCUCUUCAGUUGUCUGAGUCUGCUGCAAGACUCCGUGAAAUGAUAGAGAAGAGACAGCCUCCUAAAUCCAAAAGAAAGAAGCCUAAGAGAGAAAAUGGGAUUGGAUGUAGAAGGUCAAUGAGAUUACUAAAAGUUGAUCCUUCGGGAGUUUCAUUACCAGCAGCUCCAACACCGCCGACAUUAGUAGCAGAUGAAACUCCUUUGUUACCUCCUGGGCCUUUAGAAAUGACUUCUGAAAAUCAAGAAGACAGCAAUGAACGAUUUAAAGGAUUUCUGCAGACAUGGGCAGGAAUGAGCAAGCCAAGUAGUAAGAACACUGAGAAGGGGUUAUCUAGCAUUAAAAGCUACAAAGCCAAUUUAAAUGGCAUGGUCAUUAGUGAAGAUACUGUUUACAAAGUUACCACAGGCCCAAUAUUCUCUAUGGCUCUCCACCCAUCAGAAGCUAGAACUUUGGUAGCAGUUGGGGCCAAAUUUGGGCAAGUUGGACUUUGUGAUUUGACCCAGCAACCUAAAGAAGAUGGAGUUUAUGUUUUUCAUCCCCAUAGUCAGCCAGUUAGCUGUCUUUACUUCUCACCCGCCAAUCCGGCCCACAUACUGUCACUGAGCUAUGAUGGCACGUUACGCUGUGGGGAUUUUUCCAGGGCUAUUUUUGAAGAGGUGUAUAGAAAUGAAAGAAGUAGCUUUUCCUCCUUUGACUUCUUGGCAGAAGAUGCCUCCACUUUAAUAGUAGGACACUGGGAUGGAAAUAUGUCACUGGUGGAUAGACGGACACCUGGAACUUCUUAUGAGAAACUUACCAGUUCUUCUAUGGGAAAAAUAAGAACUGUUCAUGUCCACCCAGUGCAUAGACAGUAUUUUAUCACUGCCGGAUUGAGGGAUACUCAUAUUUAUGAUGCAAGGCGAUUGAAUUCCAGGAGAAGUCAGCCUUUGAUUUCUUUGACUGAACAUACAAAGAGCAUUGCUUCUGCCUAUUUUUCACCUCUUACUGGUAACAGAGUGGUGACUACAUGUGCCGAUUGUAAUCUGAGAAUUUUUGACAGCAGCUGUAUAUCUUCUAAGAUUCCGCUCCUCACCACCAUCAGGCACAACACUUUCACUGGGCGAUGGCUGACCAGGUUCCAAGCCAUGUGGGAUCCUAAACAAGAAGACUGUGUCGUAGUUGGCAGCAUGGCCCAUCCACGACGGGUAGAAAUCUUCCAUGAGACAGGAAAGAGGGUGCAUUCGUUUGGUGGAGAAUGCCUUGUCUCUGUGUGUUCCAUCAAUGCCAUGCACCCAACUCGGUAUAUUUUGGCUGGAGGUAAUUCCAGCGGGAAGAUACAUGUUUUUAUGAAUGAAAAAAGCUGCUGAGUUUUUGGUUUAGGAACAUCAAUUUGUUCAAAUUGACCAUUGUCUAAGGAGCCUAGUAAUUGGCGUGCCUUAGUGUGUUUAUUUGGUAAUGUGUUACCUUUAGCAAAUAUAACAUUGUUUUAUUAAUAAGACUAUAAGAAGAGUGUACUUUUAGUAAGGGAGAAGUCUUGGAGGGUUGCUUCUGCAGGACGGGGAGGGAAUUUGAGGGGGAGGCUGAGGUGCCUUCAGGACUUUUUUUUUUGAGAUGGAGUUUUGCUCUUGUUGCCCAGGCUGGAGUGCAAUAGCGCGAUCUUGGCUCGCCGCAACCUCCGCCUCCCAGGUUCAAGCGAUUCUCCUGCCUCAGACUCCUAAGUAGCUGGGAUUACAGGCACCUGCCACCACGCAUGGCUAUUUUUUGUAUUUUUAGUAGAGAUGGAGUUUCACCAUGUUGGCCAGGCUGGUCUCGAACUCCUGACCUCAGGUGAUCUGCCCGCCUCAGCCUCCAAAAGUGCUGGAAUUACAGGCGUGAGCCACCGUGCCUGGCCAUCAGAACUUGUAAUCAAGACAGUAUGUUGAGAAAUUCUAACAUUAUAAAUUACAAAGCUUUGACUAUUAAAGUUUUUGUGAUCUAAUGAUA